AUUAGUAAAUCCGAAGGCGUGUUAUGAAAUUGCUGCCACCCAUUCAGAUAUCGCAGCUACCACCGGUUUCCGCCGCUGGCGGAAUGGCCGGAAUGGAGUCUCGGCUGCCGGGUAUAUCUUUACCUUUGUGCCCUCCGGAUUGGGCACUCUGGAGGGCCCAAUACGGAACCACGAUGGGUUUCCCACCUACAACGCAUCCACCGCCUAAUCCCCUCUUGGAUUUUAAAACUCAUCUACCAACCAGUUUAGUAUCUGACCCUAGACUGUGGUCGAGGGAGGACGUAGCGGCGUUCCUGCGGUGGGCUGAACGGGAAUUUGACCUGCCACCGUUCGACAUGGACGUGUUCCAGAUGAACGGCAAGGCUCUGUGCUUGCUGACCAAGGCCGAUAUGGGCGAGAGGUGUCCAAGCGCUGGCGAUGUACUGCACAACGUGCUGACAAUGCUGGUGCGUGAUUACAGUCAGCUACAGAGAUGCCUACCGAGCAGUCCGGUGACACCGACCAGACCGUCCACAUAUCCGCUGAGUCCACAUUCGCAUCCGCCUACACCAACGUGGACGGAGACGCCACCGUACGCCUCGAAUCUCGCCUCGUUAAUGUCGGCCAACUCGGUGACACUGUCGCCAGCACCGUCUGUGGACAGUCAGUCGGGUUCACCCAGCCACGCGACCGACGCGAAUCAGACGCAAGUCUAUAAGAGUGAUUCGGACGAAGACAACACUCACCAAGUGUCAAGCGGUAACAGCAGUCCACCGGCCACGCCGACAGCUUUGGCGGCACAGAGGCUCAGUGAGGUGAGCGUCAAGGACCAACCGAGCCCGACGUUACCGCACCAAUUGCUGCCGCUGACGCCUGGUACCUUUCGGUCGACCACCAGCACAAACAGAGAGUUCUUCCCUAAUGAUUCGUCGGAACCCAACACCACACAAUUUCCGUCGUUCUGUUUAGACGGAAGACUGCUCUGGGAUUUCCUUCAGCAAUUGCUAAACGACCCCAAACAACGGUACCAACAUUACAUCUCGUGGAAAAGUCGGGAAACUGGUGUAUUCAAGAUUGUCGAUCCACCUGGUCUAGCGCGACUGUGGGGCAUCCAGAAAAAUCAUCUCUCUAUGAAUUACGACAAAAUGAGCAGAGCUUUACGCUAUUAUUACCGCGUGAACAUACUUAGAAAAGUACAAGGCGAACGUCAUUGUUAUCAAUUCUUGCGUAAUUCGGUCGAAUUGAAAAAUAUAAAGAACAUAUCAUCGCUGCGCCAUCAGAUGCGAAUAAAAUCAGAACCAGAGGAGGAAGUUCCUCUUACCGGAAGUCCAGAGGGGGAACCGGAAGCGGACAUGCCGACGGAUCUCUCAAUGUCCAGCAUGAACCAACCGUCGAGCGAACAGCAGCAGCAGCCCCUAUCGUUACACGACCCACCUGUCAAGUACAGAAGUCACGCGUAUAAUCUUGUUAAAACCAUUCAGGAGUCGGAAGAGAGGAAGUGACGCGGGACCUAGCGAUGGUAGGAACGCAAUGAUUAUACGUAAUCGCAUCACGGCAGACUGGGAGUCGGUGGCGAAAUGACCUCGAUGUAAGAAGGGUUCCAUAUCGGCGACUGAGUGAUAUCUGUACAAAGAUAUACGAAAGUUUUCAAAAUGAGAAAAGACGGAAUCCAAAAAGCGUAACUUAUCGACAAGACUCAGAAAUAACAAUGACGAAGAUAAGAUCUAAUUUCGAAAUCAUCUAGUGGUAGUUGUAAAAAGAUAUAUCGAUGGUUUAGAGAUUUUUCAAUCGUUAAUAAAUCGUAGAAUGCGUGAAAUAUAAAUCACGAAACGAAUCAUGAUAAAAGCUACGAUUUUAAGCACGGUAACGAACUUUUUGAGAAUAAUCGCCAGAGAGAACAUUCACUAGAGAGAGUUUAUUCAAUUCGCACAUAAACACUCUUAGAAUGAGGAAUUUUUUAAAAAUCAAGAAAUUCAAUUUUACGUCCUAUAUGCCCGGCUCUGUGUGUUUAUUGGAAAUUUAAAGUUGCAGUUACGCAGGAAUCUUCUCCAUUUUUGUCGUUAUAUAUAUAUAUAUAUAUACACAUAAAAUAUAUAUAUAAAAGAGUGUGAUAAGAGCGCAAGAAGAGAGUAGAUAUAUAUCCUCACGGUGUAAAUCGGAUAACGAUUUGUUCCCUCUUCUCCCCUUCACCCUCACAUAGAUUCGCGUUCAGUGCCGAUAAUAAUGAACGCUUCAAUGUGAAACUGAAUCUUCGCGGAUAUUCCGCCCUAGCCUUUCCCUGCUUCCUCCUUAUAAUGAAGUGAAUCACCCAAAUCCAGCAAUUUUCUUUCCACUUUUACAACGACAAGAUGUGUAUGAAACGUACGGUCUUAGGUGCACUUAAGAACAUGAUACAUACGACAAUUCAAUGUACAAAGAAUGCCAGAAGGAGAACUGUUACCAGGUCUUUCUUACGUGUUUCUCUUCUUUUUUUUUUUUUCUUAAUCUUAGGCAUAUAUUUUGUGAUGUACGACUUUAUUUUUUUUUCUUGGCGAAACGUAGCCUAUGAAUAAAGUCGAUCCCAAAGAAAACCUACUUGAUUUGAAACAUUCAUUGUAAAUGCAUCACAGAAAAAUUAUAUUAUUAAUGUUUCCGUAGUUUUCGGAGUACAAAGAGCUUGACAAAAUCUU